CCCCGCGGCCCCGCCAUGGAGCUCGGCGGCGGCGGAGCCGCGGUGCCCUGCGGGAAGGACAAAUUCAUCUCCAGGAAUGAGCUGCUCCUGCACCUCAGGACCUACAACAUUUACUACGAGGGGCAGAACCUGCAGCUGCGGCACCGCGAGGAGGAAGGGGAGCUGAUCGUCGAGGGGCUGCUGAACGUCUCGUGGGGGCUGCGCCGCCCCAUCCGCCUGCAGAUGCAGGACGAGCACCAGCGCAUCCGCCCGCCGCCCUCCUCCUCCUCCUGGCACUCGGGCUGCAACCUGGGCGCCCACGGGUCCGUGCUGAAGCCCAGCGCCCUGCCGGGCAUCGCGGGGACAGAGCGGGACACCGGGAACGCCGGGAACCCGAGGGACACCGGGAACACCGGGAGCACCGGGAACACUGGGAACACCGGGAAUGGCGCAGCGCCCCGCGCCCCGGACGAGCCCCCGCAGUUGAUGCGCACCCGCAGCGACGUCGGCGUCCGGCCCCGCGGCAGCGCCCGCACGGCCGGCGAGCAGCGGCGGCUGCGGCGGCACCGCUUCUCCAUCAACGGCCACUUCUACAACCACAGGACCUCGGUGUUCACGCCCGCCUACGGCUCCGUCACCAACGUGCGCAUCAACAGCACCAUGACCACGCCGCAGGUGCUCAAGCUGCUGCUCAACAAGUUCAAGAUUGAGAACUCUGCAGAGGAGUUUGCUCUGUACAUGGUGCACACGAGCGGAGAGAAGCAGAAGCUGCGCGGCAGCGAUUUCCCGCUGCUGGCCCGCGUCCUGCAGGGCCCCUGCGAGCAGGUGUCCAAGGUGUUCCUCAUGGAGAAGGACCAGGUGGAGGAGGUCACCUACGACGUCGCCCAGUACAUCAAAUUUGAGAUGCCCAUCCUCAGGAGCUUCAUCCAGAAGCUGGAGGAGGAGGAGGACCGGGAAGUGAAGAAGCUGAAGCACAAGUACUCCAUCCUGCGGCUGAGGAUCGAGCAGAGGCUGGAGGAGAUCUGCGAGGGCCCCACGGCCAUGUGAGCGUCCCUGGGAUGUGCUGCCCCAAAUCCCCAGCCCGAAACUCCCGGGGUCCUCCCGGGGGGCUCCAGCCCCGAGCCGCCCCCUCCCACGCCUCGACCCUCGGGGGCUCCUCCCAGGAAGGCUCUGGCUGGCGGCAGCUUCAGCCAAAACCUCAAAUCCCUGGAAAACACGGAGGAAAACCAGAGAAAAAAAGAGGAAAUCCGUGAGCAGCACAAAGGCGAGGGCUGCCAGCAUUCCAGGGCUGGAAUUUUGGGGGGCUCGGUUUGGAAAUGCCCAGCGUGGCUCCCUGUGAAGGUCCUGCUGCUCGGCGGCAUAAGAGCACAAAAUAAUUCCUUUUUUUUUUUUAGAAAAAAGCACAUUCCCACCCUACAGCUGCAAUAAUUCCCAGGGGCCGGGAGGAUUUUGUAAAUCCCAAGGGGUGGCUGAGAUUUUGGGGGGGUUUAACCCUGACCUGGGGCUCGCGGGUGGAUUUCCAGCACGGGAGAAAAUCCUGGUUUUUCCCCAAAGCUGCGUCCGUGGCGCGGCCGCCUCCGUCCCCCGCUGGAAUUUGCACUAAUAUUUUGGGAUUUGUAGGAAAAGCGCGAUGUCAAACCUCUCUGGUAGCUGAAAAUGCCAAAUAGCACUCGCAGGGAUGCCGGAGGGCCUCGAGCCUCUCCGGGUGGGACAGGAGGGGAGGCAGGAGGAGGGGGAGGCGGAAAUAAAGAGGAUUUUGUUGUCCAAAUCCAUUUGCCAGCGGUGCCAGGAAAUGAUCCUGGUGAAACCACCAGCAGCAGCUGGAAAAUCCUCUUUCCUCCCAGGCUAAACCAGCAAUACCCAUUUUAUACCUCGGUGUGAACUAAACCUCUGACUUUCUCCCCUUCCCUUUUGAGUUUUUGCAAUGCAUCUGUGUAUUUGUCAUUUUUUUUUUUUUUUAGUUUUAAUUUUAAUGGUACCUUUUCCACCUUUAACUCACGUUGGGGGAAGCGUUGUACAGCGAGAGGAGCUUUUGAUGUGUUUGAAGGAUGAUUGUGGCGCUGCUGCGUGGAUUAACAAGGAAAUAAAGUAAAAUAUGUAGCAACUUAACAUAGAAUGAAA